AUGAGGGUUUUCCUCGCCGUUUUGGCAUUGAUUUGCCUUGCUCUGCCUCAAAUCGCGGCUCAAGCCAAAACCCUGGAAGACAAGGUGAAGCUCCUUCAGGAUUCUUUGAUGAAGAGGCCUUUCAUCAAUCUGAAUCAGGAGAAAUGGCGUUCUUUAGUGCGAACACAGCCAAGAAAUUACAGUAUGAUUGUGAUGUUCACUGCCUUGGGUGCGGAUUUCCAAUGUACCAUCUGUAAACCGGCUCAUGAAGAGUUUUCGAUUGUCGCCAACUCUUACAGAUACGCUUAUCUACAUUCUAAGAACUUGUACUUUGCUGUUGUCGAUUAUGCCGACAAUCCACAGGCUUUCCAGCAGGUAAGGGCGAUUUUAUUAGUUAUUUCGAAUUUUAGGUAUAGCUUUGUGGGAAAGAGAAGAGAAUUUUCGAAACUUUGCAUAGCUUUCAUGCUUAUAAUGUUACAGCUACUAGUUAAACAGUUUUUGAAACAUUGAUUUUGGCUUUAGUUACGGUUUAUUUUAGGUAACUAUAUAAAACUAUUUACCUGGUUUUACUUAUAACUUUUUGAUAAGUAAGAAUAGAUUUAUAGAAUUUUGCGUACAAUUAAAAUAAUCUUUUUUUAAAGCUGUUGUUCACAUUUCAAUCGUUAUAUUAUUGUUUUAGUUCUGUUAUAUUAAUUCAGAGACAGAUAAGUCAGUAUAAUAUUCUUAGUUUUCUCUUUUCGUAAUAUUUUGCUUUUUAAUAUGAAUAUUUUGUUUAAUUUUUGUAUAUUUAGUUGAACUUGAACACCGCUCCAGUGAUUUACUACUUCCCAGCGAGAUCUACUAGCAAGAAGUUGGAUCAGAUGGACUUCCAACGUAGCGGAUUUGGUGCUGAAGCUAUUGCUAAGUUUAUUCAAGAGCGCACUGAUGUUAACGUAAGGUUUUUGUGUUUUCUUGACUUUUAAGAACGGCAAAUGGUUUAUAUUAAAGUAUUUUAAAGGUCUUUGGCAGAAGGAGGUCUACUUCUUUGACCUGCCAAUCUUUUUUGCAUAGUUUUUGAAAUUAUGCAGUUUGAAAUAUUGUUUUCAGAUUAGAGUAAUGCGUCCACCUAACUACGCUGGACCAAUUGUUAUUGUUUUAUUGGUCAUGUUGAUUGUCGGUAUGUUGUACAUGCGCAGAGACAGUAUGGACUUUAUGUACUCUCCUAACUUCUGGGGAUUUGUCUGUGUGGUAAGUUAAUGGUUUUAAGUAGCAUUGGUAUCUAAACUACUAAAAAACUAUUAUUAUAGCAUAAAUUAAAUUGUUCUAGGUCUUCGUCUUGGCUUUCCAAUCAGGCCAAAUGUGGAAUCACAUCAGAUCGCCGCCAUUCUUGAUGAACAAUCCUCAAACUCGACAAACCUCCUUCAUUCAUGGCUCAACUCAAUAUCAGUUGAUUGCCGAGACUUACAUUGUUUUUGCCUUAUACGGUUUGAUUUCUUUGGGUAUGAUCUUCUUGAACGAAAGCACAUCAGGAAAGUUGGCUGAUCAGCCCGGAAAGCGACGAUGUAAGUUUAUUUUUGUAUUUGAAAGGGUAUUAUAAGGUAAAAUAUGAUUUUUUCUGCCAUUUUUGAAGUGUUAAUUAUCUUUUUGAAAUGAUAUUCUAAGUCAUGGAAUAGUAGUUUCACCGUGUUUUACCUAAAUUUUCAGUCUUCUGCUACGCGGGCAUCGGCUUGGUGGUGAUAUUCUUCAGCUUGUUGCUCUCCGUUUUCCGCAGCAAAUACCAAGGAUAUCCAUAUCACUUCCUCUUCAAUUAG